GGGAGCCCGCUCCGAGGAUGUCUCCGUCCCACUCCUCCUCCUCCUGCCCCUUUGCCGCGCAGCCCUCAGCCGGGAAGGGCCGCCGCCGCCGCGCAGCAUGGCGAGCCGCUGCCUGCGCCUGGCCGCCCUGCUCGCCCUGACCGCCUGCCCCGGCCGCGCCUACCAGGGAUCGGGAUAUUCACCCCUGGAAGACGAUGAAGAUGUGUAUGCACGCAGUAGAUAUAAAGAAACACCAUGGUGCUCUCCCAUUAAGGUGAAACAUGGUUAUGCAAACUGCAGGACACCUCAAGGGGAAUAUUACAAGAACGUGCUGGGGACGAGAUGUGACAUUCGUUGUCAAAAAGGCUACGAACUGCACGGCCCUCAGCAGCUCAUCUGUCAGUCAAGCAAACGCUGGUCUGGGAAGGUGCUGUGCAAACAGAAGCGCUGCCCUACCCUCUCCAUGCCAACCAACGGGGGCUUCAAGUGCCUGGAUGGCGCCUACUUCGGCUCGAGGUGCGAGUACUACUGCUCGCCGGGAUACCAGCUGAAAGGCGACCGCAUCGUGACGUGCAUGGACAACAAAGUCUGGAGCGGCCGGCCAGCUUCCUGCGUGGAUACAGAGCCUCCGAGGAUCCAGUGCCCGAGUGUGAAGGAGAAAACUGCAGAGCCCAACAAGCUGACGGCCAGAGUCUUCUGGGACACCCCGGAGGGAAGGGACACUGCUGACGGGAUUUUGACAGAUGUUAUUUUGAAAGGCCUGCCACCAGGGUCACAUUUUCCAGAAGGCGACCACAAAAUCCAGUAUACUGUAUAUGACAGAGCUGAAAACAAAGGCACUUGCAAAUUUCUCGUUAAAGUCAGAGUCAGGCGCUGUGUGAAAUUAAACGCCCCGGAUAAUGGCUACAUCAAGUGUUCGGGUGAUGGAAAUAACUACGGUGCUACGUGCGAGUUCUCCUGCAUUGGUGGCUACGAGCUGCAAGGCAGCCCGGCUAGAGUGUGCCAGUACAAUCUGGGGUGGUCGGGAGUGGAGCCAACCUGUGCACCCAUGAAUAUUAAUGUGAAUGUGAGGACUGCAGCUGCACUUCUGGAUCAAUUUUAUGAGAAGCGGAGGCUGCUAAUUAUUUCAACUCCUACUGCAGCCAACUUCUUCUACAGGAUGCAGUUGGGAAUGCUGCAGCCAGCACAGUGUGGUCUAGACCUCCGACACGUGACCGUUGUGGAAUUGGUUGGUGUCUUCCCUGCACAGAUAGGAAGAAUAGGGGUAAAGCUGCUGCCCCCAUCACUUGCACUGCAACUCAGGCUGCUGCUGAGGAUCCCCCAUUACAAUUUCAACAUCGUGGUGAUGGACAAGCACGGCAUGGACAAGGAACGCUAUCCUUUCCCAGCAACGCCAGCCGAGCUCUUUGCACUUAUUGACAAUUUUCCCUUGAGAAAAGAAGAGAUGAAACUGCAAGCAGAAAUUGGCCAAUCGUGCCCCUAAUUGAGAAUUGCAGGGCUUGCAUUUGCCAGUGAUUUUUUUUUUUUAAUCCACAUAAUUCUCCCCUUGGUGCUACACAAAGCAUGGCUUUUGUAAUCACUGAUGUACAGAUUUUUUGUGUGUAUUGUUAGGGCUGUCCAGCUGUGUAGCUACUCUGCGUAGACAGAUGCAUGAUGCUUUUUUGUACUUCCAGCCCUCUUUAGAGAAACGCGUACGUAGGAUUACUACCCACUGGAGUUUCUUGUACAGACAGCAAAGAGCUGAGGCACGUCUCUAGGAGUUCAUUUUGGAUUUUUCAUUCAGUGUAAAAUUGGGGUUUCUUUCUUACUGUUUAUAAGUCUUUUUAUUAAUAAAAUAUUGUUUUGCAAAGAAAGAGUUGUCUAACCCUCAGAGAUAAAGUCAAUUGAUUAACUCAAAAGCUGAAUCAAACUACCCCUCUGUAAACCAUUUCAAUCAGAGGCUAAUGUUUCUGUCUUCAGUGGACAGCAGCCCAGCAGUGUCUCUCAGCCCCGGUAUAGUACAGUCAAUCACAGACACCAAGCAUAAGCCAACAGCAACACGAGGACCUAUUUUCAGCAGUGGUGAAGAAAAUAGGUGAUGGCAGGAGUAUGGAAAUAUUUCCAGAAGGAAUUCAGCAACAGAAGAGCGAGCAACACAGAAAAUGGGUGGUAAAUCACCAAAGGCUUUAUACUGCAAUACUUGCUAGAAAGACCUGCUCCUACCUGGUAUGUGUCUGCUUCUGGCGUUACGUGUCCAGUGACUUGGAGUAACAGAUUUCUUUCCCUUUUCAUCUUGGAGACGGAUCAGGCUCUUGAUAUGAUGGCAGGGGAACAUCCCCUACAGGGAAGCUUCAUCAAGGAUUUGUCAUUUCCAGAUCUGUGAAAACAGUUGUUUGUUUGUUUGUUUUUUGCAAUGCAUCAUUUACAAUUCAACAAC